ACAGGCAAUGUGCUUUGCUAGGCGUUUGUCAUUUUUUAGAACAUUCUAAACAAAAAAGGCGCCGGCGUCAAGUUGCUCGAAAUUUCUAAAAUUCCAAACUAUAUUUUAAGUAAAGCGAAAUUGUGCGAUGUCGAUGGAACAGCUCAAAUCUGAUGUGGCCGAGUUCGCAGCCUUGCUGGAACAGGCCAAAAGCGCCCGUGUGAAAGGUGUGCUCACCACGGGCAAGGCAGAGGUGGAGCGUGAGAUUGUCAAUCUGGAGAUGAAGGCACGCCUGGCCGCCGAGCGUCAAGCAUCCGGUUCGAGCGAAGCCAAAAGAUAUCUGCAUGAGCUUACCGACUACGGCUGGGACCAGAGUGCCAAAUUUGUGAAGCUCUUCAUUACACUGAACGGCGUACAGGGCUGCAGCGAAGAGGCCGUGACCGUCAACUACACGGAGACAUCGCUGCAGCUGCAUGUGCGCGAUCUGAGCGGCAAGGACUUUGGUCUGACGGUAAACAAUCUGCUGCACGCGAUAGAUGUGGACAAGAGCUAUCGCAAGAUCAAGACCGACAUGGUGGCCAUCUACCUGAAGAAGGCCGAGGAGGGCGUCAACUGGGACGUGCUCACCUCCAUACAGAAGCGCCUCAAGCAGAAGCAGGACACCGAAAUGACCAAGGACACUGACAAUCCCGAGUCGACGCUGGUCAACAUCAUGAAGAAGAUGUACAACGACGGGGACUCCAAGACCAAGCAGAUGAUUGCCAAGGCCUGGACCGAGAGUCAGGAGAAGUCGCGCAUGGGCAAGGAGUUCGACGGCGCCGGUGGUCUCGAUACACUAGGCGAUCUUUAAGAGCACUCCACGUAAAUUCAUACAGUAUAAUAGCACUACGGCUUUUGAUAUGUACAUACAUCCAAUAUACAUAGACCCACAUAGAGAGGGGCACUGCUCGAUCGUGCAUAAUGCA